UUUUAAUACACGUGGAAACAUCGGGAUUGGAACAAGCAUUUUCUCGGUUCUUAUUGUCCGGAAUAUAAUUAAUAAUAAAGUGUGAAAGUGGCAAAUAUUUAUUGAGAAUAAGAUGUGUUCGCGAAUUUCUUUUCGCGCGUUUCUUAGCGCGUCGAACAUUCGCUGUUUCUCAUCGAACGCGAAACCGCAGUUUACCGCAGAUAGAUACAAGGUAGAACGGGGCCCUUAUGCAAAAAUUUCCAACGAACACGUAGCAUUUUUCAACGAACUCCUUGGACGUAGCAGAGUGAUCGUGGAUCCUGAUGAAUGCGAGAGUUACAACAUAGAUUUCUCGAGAAUCGUCAGAGGGAAAAGCAAUCUCGUGCUAAAACCAAAAAACACGAACGAAGUGUCUUCUGUAUUAAAGUACUGCAACGAAAAUCGCUUAGCCGUUUGCCCACAGAGCGGAAACACCGGCCUGGUAGGAGGCAGCGUGCCGGUGUUCGACGAGAUCGUUCUUUCCAUGAAACUCAUGAAUAAGAUCAUUGAAACGAACGAGCUGGAAGGGGUGUUGACCUGCGAAGCCGGUUGCGUACUCGAAGAUCUGGAGAAUCAUUUGGCGACUGUGGGUUUGAUGAUGCCGAUCGACCUUGGUGCAAAAGGCAGUUGUUUAAUCGGUGGUUGCGUGUCAACGAACGCCGGUGGUCUGAGGCUUCUUCGUUAUGGCAAUCUACAUGGGAACGUGAUGGGUCUUGAGGCUGUGAAAGCAAACGGAUACGUGGUAGAUUGCUUGAACACGCUGAAAAAGAACAACACCGGUUACCAUUUGAAACAUUUGUUCAUAGGCUCCGAGGGCACCCUAGGAGUCGUGACGAAAGUCGCCAUUCAAUGCCCACCGCUUCCAAAAGCUGUAAAUGUUACAUUCUUAGGAUUAAAAAGCUUUGAUCAAGUGUUGAAAGCGUUUCGACUGGCGAAGAAGGAAUUAGGGGAGAUUCUAUCGUCGUACGAGAUGAUGGAUAAAUUAUCGUUGGACGUUUCGAUCCAACAGUUCGGCUUGAAAAAUCCAUUGACGUCUAAGAGCGAUGGACACGAGUUCUACGUACUCCUAGAAACCUCUGGGAGCAACGCGUCCCACGACGAAGAGAAGCUCGCCUCCUUCGUUGAAAAGGCCCUCUCUGAGGGCAUCGUCGAGGAUGGUACCCUAACUUCAGACCCCGCCAAAAUCAAAAGUAUCUGGUCGGUAAGGGAACGCAUUAGCGAAGGUAUACUUAGAGAAGGUUACGUUUUUAAGUACGAUGUUUCAAUACCUCUUCAGUCUUUCUAUAAGGUGAUCGAAGUACUCCGGGAACGUCUGCGUGAUCCACGAAUUAUAAGAAUCAGUGGUUACGGACAUUUGGGUGAUGGAAACAUUCAUGUGCAAGUUUCAACAGCAUCCUACGAACCAGAAGUAGCAGCUCAGUUACAACCAUUCAUAUUCGAGUACAUUUCGAGUCUCCGUGGUAGCGUUAGCGCUGAACAUGGCGUAGGAUUCACUAAAACGAAAUAUUUACAUAUGAGUAGAACCUCUUCGGAGAUCGAACUUAUGUAUGAUCUGAAGAAACUGAUGGAUCCAAAGGGUAUUCUCAAUCCGUAUAAAGUCUUGCAUCCGUUAAAACCUUAACCGUCUAAAUAAUAAUCUUAGCCCUAAAUGAUACAAGCAAGUACGAUCGAAUCAUUCCUGUAUAUAUGUAUGUUUGUUAGAAUUGAACGAUAUGCUGUAUAAUAAGUAAUAUAUUACAUAAAAGUAAUACCUAAAACUGA